AAUAGAUAAAUCACCUGACCUAAACUUUUCCGCCCACAACCCUACUUCUCUAGCAAUUCAAUUCUUUUUAGACGUCUACCAAAAAAUUCCUAGGCCGAAAUUUCACGACAAUCUCCAUACACGACCACCGAAGACCGACCUCAAUCCCGUCACAAACACCCCGUACCAUUCAAGAUGUCGACUUCCAAGGUCAAGACCGGAGCGCUAUGGAACAAGAACAAGGAUGAUUUGUUGAAGACCCUGGGUGAGCUCAAGACUGAGCUGGGCCAACUUCGCAUCCAGAAGGUUGUUUCUUCCGGCAGCAAACUCAACAGAAUCCACGACCUACGAAAGUCCAUCGCCCGUGUCCUUACCGUCGUCAACCUUAAGCAACGAUCACAGCUACGUCUGUUCUACAAGAACAAGAAGUACCUUCCUCUGGACCUCCGACCCAAGCAGACUCGUGCCAUCCGACGACGCCUUUCCCCAGAAGAGAAGUCCAAGACUCUAGAGAAGACGCGCAAACGUGCCUCGCACUUCCCUCAGCGCAAGUACGCUGUUAAGGCUGCUUAAACGCUUCUCAUCGGGAAUUUGGUAAAGGGGAAAACGCAGGACGCUUACUGUAGUGGUAUACGGGCGUCGUGGUCAUUCCAAAAAAGGAAAGGAAACCUUUGAUAUGUGCAUGGCAUCACACGGCUUUUUCGGUUCAUAGGUGUUUACGCGGUCACACUUUGCAGUCAAUGUCGCUGCCCAAUGCAAAAAGACUUGCCCUAGGGCACUAAAUUAAUUUGAUGACACGCCUUGCCGGCUCCAUGUGAUUCUUGUUCUUCCGAGUACGAAACUACAAUUGAAGAAAUAUAGCUGAAAAUCCUAGACUGACGAUGAUAUGAGCUACAGUCUGUCUAAUAUGAGCCUUGUUAACUCAAUUCCAACCCUGUAUGUAAUACCUAUAAUCGAGGCUUGAAGUCACAUCCU